AUGGAUUUCGCAAAAAUUAAGAGAAAAGAAAGGCAAAGCAGACCCACAAAAAGAAGGAAGUCAGACCGCAUGGAUUCCCCUCAAAGGCAAGAAAAGACAAAAAUGCAGGUACCUUAUUUGAACAAGAACCGUGAAAAAAGCAUUCAUGAGCAAAGGGCAUCAGAGAUGAAGAAAAGUCUCAAUCAGAUGCGGAAAGUCGCGGUCUGGUUCCCUUCACAAUUCAGGUAUGGCACUCUCUUGCCUCCCCAUCCUAUCCCCAUUGAGCCCGACACCCUAUUUAUGCGUUCAAACUCUUGUCUCAUGGCUUGA